UCCAUGAAGCUCCUCCAUUUUGUCCUUGUUGCUGUCUUGGCUUUCCAAGCAAUGUUAUUUGGUUCGACUUUGAUAGAAGCCAGACCUUUUCUGCCACCAGAUAAGAAAUACUGUAGCAGUUGCUGGUGGAUGGGAGGACACGGAGGUUCACGGCGGGCGCCACCACCUCCACCUAGUCAUUCAGGUGGUCCGACUCCGAAGCUGCAAGGUGGUCUGACGGUGACGAAGCUUCAUCCUCGACCACUUCCAUUUUCUACAACUUCACAUGGUCCAAAUCCUUCAUCUUCAUAUCAUAUCAGAGGCACAACAACGGCCCAAUAUUAUCCUGAAGCAGCUUCAGCCUGAUAUAUCCCUCUAUGAUAUCAAGUCGUUGCAUAUAUGAGAUGUGCAUACAGAGUUUGGCUCUGACUGCACCGGCUAAGACUACAAGUGUUUGCACCGGCAGAGAGAGGGGGAUCAGUAGGAGUCACGACUCCCCCAAUUUUCAUAAAUUUUUUUAUAUUAUAUAGAUAUUAUAUACUUUCA